GAAAAAUACCUGUGCUGAAUUACCUGACAAACCUCUCAGGCAGGAAAGGCAAGAAGCAUCUGCGAUGUACUGAAUCAAUACAGGGACCCUGUCUGCUCAGCUGCAGCAAUUACAUCAGGGAAGAUACUUCAGUCCAAGUAACAAGACACAACUGUGUUUACCAGCUCAAACACAAUAAUUCCACCCUGACUACUCUGGAAGCCUGGGGGUCUCUGACCAGACAAAGCAAGUUUUGGAGGUCCUGGAGAAAUGGCCAUUGUUUCAAGUGAGACAGAAACAGGGAAGGAAGACAAUGUGUCUGAAGACAGUGAUGCAGACACUCAGGGUGAGGUCCCAAAAACAGACCCAGUGGCAGGGGAGAGAGAAGAGACGGCAGCCCAAGAGCCAGACCUAGAGGACUCCGACUUCCUCCCUUCUGUCUGCCUGGCCUCCCUCCUCCUGCUCAUCUUCAUUCUGGUUUCCUGUUUACUCAUCCUCAAAGAGCCUGUGGCCCACCGGCCAGCACAUCCCCGCCCCCGGCCAGCCUUUGUUGAAGGUCACCUGGACCGGCUGCGGUUCCUCUUCCCUGGCCAGAGGGAGGCACUGUGGAGAGCCCUGAGCAGUGUGACCAGAGGGCGGCCCCUGAGGGGAAGCCUGGUCCUGCUGGGCUGGGAGGAGUCUAGAAACACUCUGCUGCGCUUCUCCAGGAACUUGGUGUCAGUGCUCUCGGGCUGCAGUAGGCCUGAGCCACACAGCAAAACUGUGCACCACAGAGACUUCUCUGUAGAGCACAGACUCUAUCCUGUAUCCCGCUUCGCUAUAGUUUCCAUUGUCAUGGAGAUGAGGGAGAAUGUGGUGGGCGGGGUCAUUGUAGAGCUGCAGCAUAGAAAGGGGGGCGGGGCAGUGGGAAUAGAAACCACCACAGCGUUGCUACCGGAGCACCUGGGCAGUAGAGAGGAGGAGGAGUUCAUGGAAGUAGGUGUCGCCAUUGCAGUCGAGCUCCUGAUAAACCUCAAUAGUACCCAGCAGGCCUCGCUAGGGGGAGUAGAUAUGACCAUCCUAGUGGUGGAGCCAGAGGGGCUCUACAUCAGUGGCUUUGUUUGUUAGGUCCUUAAUGAAGGUGCAGUCAUCAGGAGCCUGUUUAUUCCAGGACAGUUUUCUUAAUUAAGAAGACUACCUCCUGAACACCCACAUAGUUAAUCAGGGUUUUUUUUAUUUUUUAUAUAAAGAACAGGAUGUCCUUACGGCUAUCUUUUAAAAUAUUGAAGACGGGAUGUCACAUUAGGAAUGCCAAAUAGUAUACAUAGCUGGUGAGUGAGGAACACAUGUUCUCAAUUUGCUUCAUAGCAUAUCAUUGUUUUGAUAAACAUUUGACACAAUUCAGUUUCUCAAUGGAACCUUUUCUUUUAGAAAUUGAAUUUUUGUGUAAGAAUGCAAUAAAAUGUUACUCAUUUUCAGUUCUAGAUUUCACAAUUACAGUAUCAGGAUUCAAUUGAGGCUUGUUCUAUGUGUACGUGUAUAUAAAAGGUUUGAAUAUACAAAUAGAUUUUAUGAUGGUGUUGUCCUUAUUUUUUUACAAUAAAAUUUGAGAGUAUG